GCGACGGACAGGUGGGAGCAGUUAGACAGCUGGAGACUCGGAGACCGGCACGCAGAGAGAGGGAGGGAGAGUCAGGGGAAGGAGAGAGAGAGGAGGGAGAAUCAGGGGGAGAAGCAGCCUCGUGCUCCCUUCCUCCAGACGCCCUCUCCCCUGUCCGAGGGAAGCGGCUGGGGCAUCGAGUGACAGAGCGACAGAGAUGCGGGCUCAGAAGACGGGGAGAGGGACCCUGCCUCGCUAGUGGGACCGAGAUUCGCGGAGGGACAGACCGACGCGAGGGGCAGCUCGGAGAGCUGCGCGCGGGACGGCGAGAAGCCCGCGGUGGGCUGCCAGGCUGAGCGACAGACGGCCAGACAGACAGACGUGCCCGGGGACGGACCGGCAGACAGGAGGCGGGGGCACGCUCGCUCUCCGCAGGCAGCAGGGCGGAGAAGGCGGCGGCGGCGCCCCCUGAGCGCAUCCGGAGCAGCGACGAGCAGCAGGGGCCGCGGGGUCGCCAGCUGAAGCCACCGCCGUCGCCGCAGCCCUGGCCGCCGCAGCCCUGCCAGGAGCCCCGCCGACGCCGCAGAAGGCUCCUUUUACUAGCAGUUAAAUAAACCCACCAAUAAUAACAAUAAUACUAAUAACCCAAGCCAAACCAAACAAAUACAGCCAAAUCGAUCCGUGAGAAACAGUAAUAUUAAUAAAAGCCAAAAAGUAAAUCAGAUCAAUCAAGGCACCGAGACGCUGGGGGGAUAUCCACUGUUCGGUCAAGGUGGAUGAUGUGUCAGGCUGUGUAAGGGAAUCGCAUGGAGAUGGGCGUUUUGAACUGUUAAUGGGGACAUGGGACUCCCGCUGUCUCUGAUCCCUCGUGUGGAUUUUCCCGGCGUAGAAGGACAGAAGCCGCUCGUAAGUCGCCAAGACCGACAGCAGAAAUUCUGCGCAAAAGGGUGUCAAAUCUUGUUAUUUUAAUUUGCAUCUGGGAGAAUGUCUGAGCCAGGAGACCUGAAUCAGACCAUAGUGGAGGAAGGCGGGCCUGAGCAGGAGACGGCCACUCCAGAGAAUGGCGUGGUUAAAUCUGAAAGUCUGGACGAGGAGGAAAAACUGGAAUUACAGAGGCAACUGGCGGCUCAGAACCAAGAGAGAAGAAAAUCCAAGUCAGGAGCAGGGAAAGGUAAACUGACUCGCAGCCUUGCUGUCUGUGAAGAAUCCUCAGCCAGACCAGGAGGGGAAAGUCUUCAGGACCAGGAAUCAAUUCAUUUACAGCUUUCCAGUUUUCCCAGCCUGCAAGAGGAUGAUAAAUCUAGGAAAGAUGACUCUGAAAGAGAAAAAGAAAAGGAUAAAAACAAAGAUAAAACCUGUGAAAAACCCAAGAUCAGAAUGUUAUCAAAAGAUUGCAGCCAAGAAUAUACGGAUUCUACAGGCAUAGACUUACACGAGUUUCUGAUUAACACAUUAAAGAAUAAUUCCAGAGACAGGAUGAUACUCUUGAAAAUGGAACAGGAAAUUAUUGAUUUCAUUGGUGACAACAAUAAUCAUUAUAAAAAGUUUCCUCAGAUGUCGUCCUAUCAGAGGAUGCUUGUCCAUCGAGUGGCAGCUUACUUUGGGUUGGAUCACAACGUGGAUCAAACAGGGAAAUCUGUCAUCAUCAACAAAACCAGCAACACAAGAAUACCAGAGCAAAGGUUUUGUGAACAUUUAAAAGAUGAAAAAGGUGAAGAAUCCCAGAAGCGGUUUAUCUUGAAGCGAGAUAACUCUAGUAUUGAUAAAGAAGACACUCAGCAAAACAGAAUGCAUCCAUUUAGAGAUGACAGACGAAGUAAAUCAAUUGAAGAGAGAGAAGAGGAAUAUCAGAGAGUGAGGGAGAGAAUAUUUGCACACGAUUCAGUUUGCUCCCAGGAAAGCCUUUUUGUGGAAAACAGUAGGCUCUUGGAAGACAGUAACAUAUGCAGUGAGACCUAUAAGAAAAGACAGCUCUUUCGGGGCAACAGAGACAGCUGGGGGAGAACAUCUGGAAGUCGGCAGAGCAGCUCGGAGAAUGAACUCAAGUGGUCCGACCACCAAAGAGCCUGGAGCAGCACAGAUUCUGACAGCUCCAACCGCAAUCUCAAGCCUGCCAUGACCAAGACGGCGAGUUUUGGGGGCAUCACGGUGCUGACCAGGGGUGACAGCACAUCCAGUAGCAGGAGUACCGGGAAGCUGUCCAAAGCAGGUAGUUCCGAGUCCUCCAGCAGUGCAGGCUCCUCAGGAUCGCUGUCGCGCACCCACCCACCUCUCCAGAGCACACCGCUGGUCUCGGGCGUGGCAGCCACUUCUCCCGGCUGUGUGACCUACCCAGAGAAUGGGAUGGGAGGCCAGGUCGCUCACAGCAGCACCAGCUACAUCCUCCUUCCACUCGAAGCUGCCACAGGCAUCCCACCCGGAAGCAUCCUUCUUAAUCCACAUACAGGCCAGCCCUUCGUGAAUCCCGAUGGAACCCCCGCCAUAUACAACCCCCCGACCAGCCAGCAGCCCCUGCGAAGCGCGAUGGUGGGGCAGCCCCAGCAGCAGCCCUCCCCGCGGCCCCAGCAGCAGGCCCAGCCACCCCAGACGCAAAUGGCAGGCCCGCUGGUCACUCAGUCUGUCCAGGGGCUGCAGGCUUCCUCCCAGUCAGUGCAAUACCCAGCUGUGUCUUUUCCUUCCCAGCAUCUCCUGCCCGUGUCUCCGACGCCGCAGUUCCCCAUGAGAGAGGAUGUGACCACGCAGUUUGGCCAGAUGAACCUGAGCCGGCAGUCCUCGGGGGAGACUCCUGAGCCCCCAGCCGGCCCUGUCUACACACCGUCCCUCCUGCCGCAGCCCACCCAGCAGCCAAGCUACGUCAUCGCCUCCACAGGCCAGCAGCUCCCAACGGGGGGCUUCUCGGGCUCUGGCCCUCCCCUCUCCCAGCAAGUCCUCCAGCCCCCUCCCUCACCCCAGGGAUUUGUGCAGCAGCCUCCACCCACACAGCACAUCACCGGCUCAACUCAUCUCGCUCUUCUGGUCCAUACUGAUAUUCCCAGCCUACAGGACCCAGCCUGUUGCAUUCAUCAGUUGUGUGAAGUCCUGGGGGCUCAGAAAAUGCCUGUAUAUUAUUAUCCAUCUGGUCAGUACCCUACCUCAACCACGCAGCAGUACCGGCCCAUGGCCUCUGUUCAGUUCAGUGCUCCGAGGGGCCAGCAGAUGCCACAGACAGCACAGCAAGCAGGUUACCAGCCGGUCUUGUCUGGUCAACAGGGGUUCCAAGGCCUCAUGGGGGUGCAGCAGCCACCUCAGAGUCAGGGCAUGAUGGCCAGCCAACAGGGAACUCCAGUGCAAAGCGUGAUGCUCUCCUACCCAACCAUGUCUAAUUAUCAGGUGCCAAUGACCCAGGGUUCUCAAGGACUGCCCCAGCAGUCAUACCAACAGCCAAUCAUGCUACCUAACCAGGCAGGCCAAGGGUCCCUCCCAGCCACUGGAAUUCCUGUGUACUGUAACGUCACACCGCCGACCCCUCAGAACAACCUUAGGCUGAUGGGCCCUCACUGUCCCUCCAGCACUGUCCCCGUGAUGUCAGCCAGCUGCAGGACCAACUGUGCCAGUAUGAGCAAUGCUGGGUGGCAGGUCAAGUUCUGAGCACUCUGGCCACGGUGCAUGUCUUCAGAUGCUACUCAUGGCCUUUAAGGGAGGAGGAGCAAGGUGCGAAAACUCACUGAGGACUUAAGUAUUCACUCAACACCCAAAUGACUGCUGCUGGUAUUCUGUAAAAAACAAAACAAAACAAAACAAAAAAACAAACAAAAAAAAAAACAGAGACUAAUCCACACAUUAGCUGGUUAAUGGUGCAUAUUUCCGUCAUGUCUGCUAGGUAUGCCUUUCUAGCUUAGCUAGUGACAUGAAUUCAUCAAGGUAAGAUUUUCUCCUACCACUGAAUACCACUGUGUAGAUGAUAAUAUCCCUAAUUUGGAUUAUUAGUUUUGUACUUUGUGUUGACUUACUUUGUGAUGCUAAAAGUAUUUAAAAAUUAUAUACUGAAAUCACAUUGUACCAAAGCUGUAAUGGAAAAGAAUUGAUGAAU